GGGCGCGAGGGACAAAAGAUUCUAGGAAGGAAAGGCUCGAGUCCACUGGGCAGGCACCCACCUGAAAAGGCGGGGGCGGGGGGCGCCAGCCAACCGCUGCCGCGCAGGCGCCGCCACCGAACGCGCCCCGCCGGCCUUGCCCGUGCCCCCUCCCCGCGCGGCCCGCCCGCCCGAGGAGACGCGACGCGACGCUCCCCGGGAAUCCAGCCCUUCCCUUGCGCCCCCCCCCCCCCCCUAUCUCCCCGCGGCGGGAGCUCCCUCAAAUAGGCGUCGCGUUGACUUGGGCGCUGGCUGCCGGGGCGUGGAUGGGCGGGCCGAGUGACGCGGGCGGCCGGCGGAGGUGGGCGCGGCGGUCGUGCCGGACGGGAGGGGGAUCCGGGGUCGUCAGGCGGACGGUCGCGGCGCCGGCGGGCGGGGCGAGCACGGCGCCGCGGCGGGUGGCGGAAGGGUUUGCUCAUGUGGACAAGCAACGGCGUGUUCGUGGUGUACUAUCAGAUUUCAGAUAUAGCAAUGGAUCCACAGAUCAUCUUUCUUUGGACAUUGGAGAAUUCAAGCACAAGAGCUCCUAUGGAGGUUCUGCAAGACGUCUUCAGUCAGAGAUAAAUGUUACAGAAACCAGCCACAUGCAACCUUCAGUGAUGGCAGAAUUGGAUGGUUUUGAUGCUGCAGGUGCAGUUGUUGCAGAUUCGCAGAAAACUUCUAUUCCAUGGCCAAGAGAAAAUAAAACAUCCAGCAAUAUAGAAUUGUGUCAUGUGGGCAGUAUGGUUUCAGGAUUGCCCAUUCGGCAUAAAUAUUGUCUCAACAAUCCCAGCAGCAGUUUGAAGAAUCCUCCAACUGUAAAGAGUUGCAGUCAUAUGAGUGAUUUCAGUAAUCAACUGGUCAGAAGUGCUGAAAGGUCGGCUUCUGCUAAGAUGGGUUUAACCAGUGCAAACAGUUCCCUUUCUGAGAAAAUGUCAUUGCUACGUCAACCACGGUAUGGCGGUAAUCAUCAGAACCAAAACCGUAUCAGUGCUUUGAAUCGAAGACACAAAAUUGUGAAUUCUAGAGGAGCAAAUGACCUGCUUAAUACAGAGAAGUUCCAUGACCGGCUUGAUUCAUCAUUGGGAAGACAUUCACAGGUUUUGUUAAACAAUGCAUUAGUUCGAGAAAAGCAACUGUGUUGCUCAGAUCUGCUCAAUCAAAAAGCAACUGAAGAAUUAUGGAGCUCUGCAUACAGUGAAUCUGAGAAGAUAGUAUGCUUUUUCUCGGGUGACAGCAUUGACGAUUUGCAGGUAUCAUCUUCAAGUGACACUAGUGAUAGCUCCAACUUAUCAUCUCUGGGUGUUGUAGCUAAUGACCAAUGGAAGAUGACCUUCAAAAAGGUAUACUGCCCUCAUGCUGCACGCCUAGACUCUACAUCUGUCAUAUACCGCAAAGAAGUAGGUCAGGCUAGCCCAAUAUCUGUUCUUGAACCUCCAUCUGAAGAUUGCUCUGAUUCUGAAAACAUCAGGCGAGAGCCUGCGGAUCUAUAUGAUCUCCAACUGAGACUUGAACUUGGCACAUUUGCACCAACAGAGACUGCUGCAGAGGCGAGUAGCAUUGGCAGAACUAGUGACUAUUUAUUCUCUGAAGUGGAGUCGGGCAAUGACGUGCCAAUGCAGCUGGUUGAAGAUAUUCUUGGAGAUUUUGAAGACGAAGAGGAAAGGGAUUUUUCUUACUUGCUCGAUAUACUGAUUGCUUCUGGCAUUCACGGGACUGCGGAGGAUCAACUUUACAAGGUGUGUCAGUCACUCGACUGCCCUGCCGGCUAUGACGUUUUUGAGAAGCUGGAAAACAAGUUCACUAAAGUUGUUAAUUGGUCAAGAUCAGAGAGGAAGCUUUUAUUCGAUAUGGUUAACACAGUAUUGUCACAAAUCCUUGCGCCAUGCUUGAGCAUGCAACCUUGGGUGAAUACUGCGAGGAACUUGGCUCCACUAUGGGGCUCAGAGGGUCUGUUGGAAAAAGUCCUGCAGGUCUUAGCUCAGAGACAGGAAGAACUUUCACCAAGUGAUACUAAGCCUGAGAAGAAAGGAUUUGAUCAGAAGUGGCUAGAUUUAGCAGAUUGCAUCGACAGGGCAGGAAGGGAUAUUGAGAAAAUGAUAAAAGAUGAUCUUUUGGACGAGCUGGUUCUUGAGCUACUGUCCGUUUAGGUUUCCACGGCCGUAGUAGGCUUACACAUUGUAGCAGUACAGGUCUGUUGCUUUUUCGAGUUAGUUUCUGUAGUCAGUUACAAUUGUUCUUUGGUCCUUACGAUCGAUGUUCUUUCUUUGUUAAGGCAGUGGUUGACAGGGUUUUUGGUGUAGUCGCCGUGCUUCCAGAGAGGUAUUAGAAUUUUGUCAAUUGUAUUGGGUUAGGUGAUGUCUGUAGCCAUAUUCUUUUCUUCCUUGAAAAAGUACAUGUCGAAGCCGGAUUUGUUAGGAUGUGUCUCUUUUCUGUCAAAUUUUGUCGGCUGUGAUAGUUUCAGCCUGUAAAUGAGGGCAAUUGUUGCCCCCAGACAUUUGUAUUGUUCUUGAAAGGAAGAAUAAGCGCCGUGUUCUUUUGUUCA